AAAACUAAAACAGUGACAAUUGAUUAAAAUACUAAUCGUUUUCCAUUUGCCGUAAUUUAUUUUACCAAAAAAAAAAAAAACAAAUUACCAUAAUUUGGUAGUCUAUUUCUAUAUUAUAUUUAUUGCUCUUGCUCUGUUUUUGCUCUGUUUAAUCCUACAAAUAUCCAAAGAAAGACAGACGAAGAAGAAGAAGAAAAAAGAGGAAAAAUGUCGACAGAGCUGCCAGUGUAUAUUGGUUCACUUGACCAAGGAACGACCAGUACCAGAUUCAUCAUCUAUGACCGUGAAGCUCGUGCAGUCGGAUCUCACCAGGUCGAGUUCACUCAGUUCUAUCCGCAAGCCGGAUGGAUUGAGCAUGACCCAUUGGAGAUUUUGGAGAGCGCGAGGGUGUGCAUGACAAAAGCCAUUGACAAGGCCACAGCUGAUGGCCACAACGUAGAUAAGGGGCUCAAGGCUAUUGGUUUGAGCAAUCAGAGAGAGACUACGCUUGUUUGGAGCAAAUCCACUGGUUCUCCUCUCUAUAACGCCAUUGUUUGGAUGGAUGCUCGUACUAGUUCCAUUUGCAGAAAAUUAGAGAAAGAAUUACCAGGCGGAAGAACUCAUUUUGUAAAAACAUGUGGUUUGCCAAUAAGCACUUAUUUUAGUGCUGUGAAGUUCCUUUGGUUGAUAGAAAAUGUUGACGCUGUUAAACAAGCUGUGAAGAGUGGGGAUGCUCUUUUUGGAACAAUAGACACUUGGUUGAUCUGGAAUUUAACUGGUGGUGUAAAUGGGGGAUUACAUGUCACAGAUGUUUCAAAUGCGUCAAGGACUAUGCUUAUGAAUCUCAAUACCCUUGAUUGGGAUACACCCACAUUGAAAACCCUAGGAAUUCCAGCUUCAAUCCUGCCCAAAAUUAUUAGCAACUCUGAAAUCAUUGGACACAUUACCAAAGGAUGGCCCAUUGCUGGGGUCCCUAUUUCAGGGUGUUUAGGUGACCAACAUGCAGCAAUGAUGGGUCAGGCCUGCAGGAAAGGGGAAGCUAAAGGCACUUAUGGUACAGGUGCUUUCAUACUCAUCAACACUGGAGAAGAAAUUGUCCAUUCAACGCAUGGCCUUUUAAGCACUAUAGCAUUCAAGCUUGGCCCGUCAGCUCCUGCCAAUUAUGCUUUGGAAGGAUCUAUUGCUAUUGCUGGGGCUGCAGUUCAGUGGCUUAGAGAUAGUCUUGGGGUAAUUAAUAGUGCUGGUGAGAUUGAGGCUUUGGCAUCACAGGUUGAUUCCACUGGUGGUGUAUAUUUUGUUCCUGCUUUUAAUGGCUUGUUUGCUCCAUGGUGGCGUGAUGAUGCUCGUGGGGUUUGUAUUGGCAUUACAAGGUUUACAACCAAAGCUCACAUUGCCCGGGCUGUCUUGGAAAGUAUGUGUUUUCAAGUCAAAGAUGUAUUGGAUUCGAUGCACAAAGAUGCUGGGGUAAAAGGUGCUGUUAUAAAUGAGGAUGGAGAAUUCUUGCUCAGAGUGGAUGGUGGUGCUACUGUUAACAACCUCUUGAUGCAAAUUCAGGCUGAUCUGUUGGGUUCCCCGGUAGUUAGACCAGCUGACAUAGAGACAACAGCUCUUGGAGCAGCCUAUGCUGCCGGCCUAGCUGUUGGGGUUUGGACUGAAGAUGACAUUUUUGUUCCUGGAGAAAAGGGUAAAAGCGCGGAAACUUUCAAGCCCGUUUUAGGAGAGGAAUUAAGGAAGAAGAAGGUGGAAUCUUGGUUCAAAGCUGUUUCAAGAACUUUCGACUUGGCUGAUCUUUCACUUUGAUUACGAUCUACUCACUUUUUUAAUCCCCUUUAUAUAUUUCUCUGUUUAUAACAGACACCACCAUAUAUAUAUAUAUAUAUAUAUAUAUAUAUAUAUAGUCCAUAAACCUUAAAUAAAUGUUAAUUUCUUGUUCUUGUUGCCUUGAGAAGGACCAAAUGUUAAUGUAUGCCUUCACACAUCAUAAAAGGGACCAAUUUGUGAAACUUUUUAA